UACUCUGAACAAAAGUGAAAGUAGAUACCACGCACUGAAUGCAUCACGAUCGAGUUUUGAUGUUAAGAGAGCUGCCUCUUGUCUUAAAAUGCGUUUUUCCUCAUUUUAUGUAAGCAUAUAUAUAUAAUAAGCGGCGUCUAGCAAAAUUAAUAGUUAUCUUGUCAGGAGCUCUUCGGUGAUGUUUAAAAUCCUCGUCUUCCUUUGGAUGGUUUAUGGGCUGGAGGGAGCAGAUGUGGUCCUGUCCUGCUCUCUGAUCGAGGAAGGGGGCGGGAUGGGAGGAAUGAUGGGCGGGGCGAUGUUCAAGCGCACCGCCUCCACUCUGGUCUUCAAGGAUCUUGUUGGGAAUGACGAUCUGUCACCAGAGCUCGUGACCCCAUAUAACCCCCCUGAGACCCCUAACGCUGACGAUCUGAUCUUUGAGUUAACAUUACCAUCCAUUCAGAUUCCUAAUGCAGACUUGCUUCUUCACGCUGAUUGCAAUGAACAGGAGGUGGUUUGUGAGAUCAGCCGUUAUGUUCCUCGCGGUGCUGAGGUGGAUUCGUUACCCGCUCAUUUCAUCGGCUCAGUUCAGCUGGAAGGAGGUGGCAUCAGCCUCACUCUGGUGCUACAGACCCUUCACAAUGAGACGACACAAUCUGACACGCAACCGCUAAUGCAGAGCAAACUGAACCUGCCUCUCAGCCAAUCAGGAACACUGCUGACAGAGGUUGUGUUUGUGGUGUUUUCGCGUGUUCCAUCCAUCGUGGCUCCAAUAGGGAGUGAUGUGCUGUUAGACUGUGGCUUCAGACAAAAGAACUCCAUCCCCGGGCAGGACGUGGCACUUGAGUGGCGCAUACAACACAGGGGAAAUGGACGUAAAAUUCUUGAUAUUAAAGCGAGGGAAACAGAGACAGACGUGGGACAAGAUUUGUUUGUGGACCGGGAAGGCACAAGCGCUGAGGCAGAUCUUCUGGUGAGGGACGGUAAUGCGUCUCUGACUCUGAGGAGGUUAAAGGUCACAGAUGAGGGCACAUACAUCUGUACGGUCGGCUCUGGGGAGUUUCAGACUCAACAGAUCGUGCAGCUGCACAUCACACAACCUCCUCAUAUCACACUAUCUGAGGAGAAACUGGUAUUUCAGGAUUCAACACCUCAGAAACUGAGCUGCCAUUGUCAUCGCUACUAUCCUCUGGAUGUGCAGGUGGAGUGGUUUUCCCAGGCGCCCUCUGAAGAAGAGCCUGUCUCUUUGUCAAAAGAAUCCUCCCUCUCCAGUCAUCGGCAGCACAGUGAUGGAACGUAUUCCCUCUCCUCUCACCUCCACCUACGGCCCGACAAAAACCCACCCGGGACGGUUAUCACCUGUAGGGUCUCUCAUCCAGCACUAGAAACUCUGAGUGAUGCCACUCUGACUGUGGGCAAACCUGACCCAAACACAGUCUUCUGGACAGUAAUCUUAAUGUUGGCGAUAUCAGUGGUGUUUUUGUAUAAAGCAUUCAGUGGUGCAGGUGCAGAGAACUGAGGACCAGUCUUCUGUGUGAUCUCUUGGAACGAGCCAUCUUAUGUUUUUUUUUUUUUUUUUUUUUUUUACUUCAUCUGCCUGCAACUGUCUUUAAAUGGGUUUAUUUUCAUUCAGUCACGCUACAUCUGUUUAACCCUUUACGUGCCACCUCCAUUUUUGAAUAUAGAUGUGAAAGUGCACUAUAUUUAUAUUUAAAUUGUUAUAAUUCAUGGACGCAUGGAUGAAUUUUGAGGUUUUAAGUUUUCAAAUGAUAUCUAAGUUAUGAGUAUUAUUAAAAUAUGUGACAGAGAAAAAAGACAACGAAAAAAAAGAGUGCCAGUAGGCCCACCGGUGAGCCCGUGGCACUUAAAAGAAGUUAAAUUUCAAAAUCAAUUUCCUGCAUAAGUUAUAUUAUAAAUGUAAAAUUAAUUUAAAAACAAUUCUGUUGUUUUAAUCUAUUGAUGUUGUUUAUUUGUUGUACAUUUUCCUUCCUUUUGUGAAAUAAAAAACAGAAACGGUUU